AUGUUUUCAGCUACAUUUGUCAUAUUUUGUUGCUUUCAUGAUUAUAUUCCCAUUGAAGAGAUUGAAAAAAUUCUAAAUUCUUUCCAGGUCAGGAGCAUGGAGGAAGGCUUUCAGGGAUCAUGGCACCCGGGGAAAGUUGUCCAUUCUGGGAGGCUGCAGCGCCAUGUCAAAUAUGAUAACAUAUUACUUGAUGAUGAGGUGAAUUACCUUGUGGAAAAGGUGACUGUUCCGAAGGUAUUGGAUGGCGAUAGCAACUCUUCAAAUUGCAACAUUCGUGGUUGGAUUAGGCCGGUGCCUCCUAAGAGGGAAUUUGAAAGUAGGGAACUUAAAUUUGGUCUGUGUGUUGAUGUGUACCAUGAAGAAGCUUGGUGGGAAGGGGUUAUAUUUGAUCACUUUGAUGAAAAGCCAGAGAGGAGUGUAUAUUUUCCGGAUUUGGGUGAUGAGAUGAAGAUUGGAGUUCAUCAAAUGCGGAUAACUUAUGAUUGGAAUGAGGUUACUGGGGAGUGGCAGUCGAGAGGGAACUGGGUUUUUCUUGAAGUUCUUGAGGAGUAUGAGAGGAAGAUGUUUAUUUCAGUUUCGGUGAAGCAAGUUUGGUAUGAUGUAAGGACCAAAAAGGACUUCGCCAAGAUUAGGGAAUGGACUUUUAAUGAGAAAGAGUCAUGGAAAGAAAUGGUAAUGGAGGUAGUUGAUGAUUACUUAAGGCUUACACUAGGAGAAGUUUGCUCCUCUUUAGAUCUUCCAAGGAGUUUAUUGAGAGAAACACCGGAGAUGGAGUCGGUUGAAUCUACCGCUAAUGUUGACUUCAAUCAGGAAGUUGAUAUGGCCAACUCUUUGGAUGUUGCGAAUUCUGCUGGCCAGUUGAGUAGCAUUUGUAUCACAACUGCUUAUUGUGAUGGUAACUCUGAUAAUGUGUUUAGUUCUGAUGAUGGGAUUGCUGAACUCCCUAUGGAAGAAGGUGAGUCGUCAAAUUUGUUGAACGCUGUUCAAAAGUGGCCUACCAUUCAGGAUCAUGGGCUCAAAACUGUCCCUCAGAAAGAAGUUUCAGUGCAGAAAGAACCGGCUACUGAAGUAAUAUUUAGUGGAAGAAAACAUACAAAGCUUCGCAGUUCAACUCAUCAGUGGGAACCUCUCAGAUUGUCUGACGUUGAGUUAUGUCCUGAUGCUAUUGAAGAAUAUGCACAGGCAGCUAAAAGAGCUUGCCCAGAAAAAGCACGAAAACAUCUUGCGUAUCUUGGAUGGGAAAUUGAGUGGACAAAGCAUAAAGCAAGCUAUAGGUACAGAUAUAGGUCGCCUGAUAAAAAGGGUGUUUACUACUCUCUCAGUCGGGUUUGUAAGUAUGUGGCACAGAACUCGGACAUGAACCCUUUGUCGUCCCAAAAUGAUCAGAGUAUGAUGCAACUUACAGCUGACAAUCAUCUUGAACCUAUUCUUAUUGAUCAAUCAGAAAAGAAUCAGGAUCUAAAUGAUCAGAGUGCGAUGCAACUUAGAGAUGACAAUCAUCUUGCACCUAUUCUUAUUGAUCAAUCAGAAAAGAGUCAUGAUCUAAGUAUUUUGCCACCAGUUGUGUCGUCUCUUGUGGAUGAAGUUGCAGAUGAACCUGAGUUUUGUCCUCAAGCUGUUUUAGAAUAUAGCUUGAAUAGAUCUGCAAUGCGAGGGCCUGACAUGAAAGUGGGUAGGUCCAAAGCAAAGAGGCAUCUAUUGGCUGAAGGAUGGAGCUAUCACUAUGCAAACCCAAGAAAUAAAAGACAAGGAUUUGUGUAUAUCCCUCCAGACAAGGGAAGAAAUCUCCCAACACUCCAUGCAGCUUGCCUUUAUUGUAUUGAACAAAAUGUUGCUAAAUGGACCAAGCUCGGAAUGCAACCUUUGAAUGCACAGGAUAAUGUUGACCAGGUUUGGAGUGCCAAUUUAUUGCAGAAAGCGUCCCAAUGGCUGGAUUGCAUGGUACCUCCCACAGAAGUCAUAACUUCAAGUGGAUCAAACCAUAGUCGGAAGCGGAAACUCUUGAACAAUACAAAGCCCAGCUUAUCUAAGCACCAAAGAAAUAGAUUACCUCGACGCGUGCUGCGAUCAAAUAAAAGGGUGCAAAAGGUGUCUACCCCUUCUUUGUCACACCAGAAACCUCAGAAUGUACUCUCUUGGUUGAUAGACAACAACAUUCUGUUGCCAAGGUCUAAGGUUUCUUACAAGCCAAAAGGCAGGCUCUGUUUAGCUGAAGGGAGAAUAACCAGUGAUGGAAUCAAGUGUAAUUGUUGUUUGAAAGUAUAUAGUCUUGCUGGCUUUGAAAGUCAUGCUAGUGGCUGUAGUACACGCAGACCGGCUGCAAGUAUUAUUUUAGAAGAUGGUAGAUCACUAUUAGAUUGCCUGAUAAAAACGGUGGAAGAUCAUAUGACAAGGGAAGCUAUGGCAAAACCACCAAAAUAUUUUCAUAAAGGCGAGAAUGACAAUAUUUGUUCUGUUUGCCACUAUGGUGGGAAUCUAAUUUUAUGCGAUCAAUGUCCAUCUUCAUUUCAUGUGACAUGUCUAGCUGAUGAGGUCAUUCCUGAAGGUGACUGGUUUUGCCCAUCAUGUCGAUGUGCAGUUUGUGGCAAAAGUGACAUAAAAGAAAAGGAGGGAGAUUUCCUUGUUUGCAUUCAGUGUGAACAUAAAUAUCACUUUAAGUGCCUCAGAACUAAAUAUGCAACUAACUCGAGAAGAUAUAGUAAAAACUGGUUCUGCGGAAGCGACUGUAAAAAGAUAUAUUUAGGUCUCCAUAAGCUACUAGGAGAGCCAGUUUCAGUGGGCAUUAACAAUCUAACUUGGACAUUGGUGAAAUAUAUAAACUCCGAGAGUAGUGAUCCGUGUACUUCUAAAGGUUACUUAUUGCCAGAAAGUUACAGCAAACUCAAUGUUGCACUCUCAGUGAUGCAUGAAUGUUUUGAGCCCCUAAAGGAUCCUUCGUCUACCAGAGAUCUCACGGAAGAUGUUUUAUUCAGUCGAAGGUCAACACUUAAUCGAUUGAAUUUCCAUGGUUUCUAUACCGUACUUCUGGAGAGAAAUGAAGAACUGAUAAGUGCAGCAACUGUUAGGGUUUAUGGAAAGAAGGUAGCAGAAUUGCCUCUUAUUGGAACCAGAUUACAGUAUCGUCGACAUGGAAUGUGCCGCAUUAUGAUGAAUGAGCUUGAAAAGAGGCUCAUGCAGUUGGGAGUGGAGAGGCUCGUUUUGCCUGCUGUUCCUAGUGUUGUAGAUACAUGGACUGGUUCUUUUGGCUUUGUAAAGAUGACAAAGUUCGAGAGGUCGCAAUUCUUGGACAAUACCUUUCUAGAUUUUCAGGAUACCAUCAUGUGCCAGAAGCUGCUGAAGAUUCCAUCUCCAGAAUCAGUUUUGUUAAUAGAGUCCCAACAAAGGACACAGCAUGUUUUGUCUGGAAACAAGUUAAAUUUUGACGCUGAUAUGAUAUCUGGAGUAUUACACCAAGCAGAAGAAACUGACAAAGAAAAAAGAGAGAAUUCACAAAUCCACAAUAAUUGUGCUGGAAGCAAUGAUCAUUGCAGUAAUGGUGCCAUUGACAUUGAGCAAGUCACACCGGUGAAUAAACCAAGUCCUGACGAUCAACAGAGCUCUAUUGUAACACAAGCUGACAGUAAUAAUGGCUCACCAUAUAAGUGCUACUACAAAAGAAGGAAAUACACAAAGUUUUAGAAUUUAACGAGGUUGUUGGGAGUAUUUUCGUUUCAAAGUUAGGGGUACAAAAAUGUAAAUUUGGGUAACUAUGUGCAUUCCUUGCAUGCAUAUUACAUAAACAUGAGCCUCAUAGGUGCAAAAAAAUGCCACUUUUGAAUGGGUCUGGAAAUGUGAAAGUUUGACCAUGUUUCUCUCUAAGGAUGAAUAUAAUUAUUGGGAGUAAAGAAUGUAAAGAUGAAUUGGAGAGUCUUGUAAUCAAUGCUUUGAUCAAAUGAUGUAAUACUCAGCUUUUGUUUAUACACACUCAAAUGUUCAAUAAG